ACGCCAGAGCCACGGUCCUCCUUUCUAUAUUAUCACCAUCUCCACCCCCGCCUUUUCAACGGGUUUAAUAAAUCAGCCAAAACAUCCGCCCACUUCCUCUCUUACAACGGUUCAACGGCUAACUCCAAUUGAGCUUCACCAUCAAUCACCUCAAUCAUGGCCGACGAACAACCAACCGCUACCUCAAAGGGCGGCGUCUCAACUGAGGCUGACUACCAUGAUCACACCGAUGUAGAUCUCCCCCGUGGAUGGAAAUAUCGACGAUUCAGUCUCUUUGGAAAGAUUCUCCCCUGGUAUGCCUCGCCGCGCAUUCAGCUUGGCAUGGUCGCCUUUGUCUGCUUCAUGUGUCCUGGCAUGUUCAAUGCCCUCGGAGGUCUCGGCGGCGGUGGUAAAACUGAUCCCACGUUAGCUGACAACAUGAACACCGCUCUCUACGCCACCUUUGCAGUCUUUGGCUUCUUUGGCGGUACUUUUGUCAACAAACUCGGUGUCAAACUCUGCCUCGCUUUCGGUGGUGUCGGUUACGGUAUCUACGCCAUCAGCCUUCUCGUCUCGGUUCACAAGCAUGUUCCUGGCUUCAACAUCUUUGCCGGUGUUUGGCUUGGUCUCUGUGCUGCUUUGCUAUGGACCGCGCAAGGUACCAUCAUGAUCUCGUAUCCCCACGAGAACAAGAAGGGAAAGUAUUUCGCUUGGUUCUGGGGUAUUUUCAACAUGGGUGCUGUUAUUGGCAGUUUGAUUCCCCUCGGCGAAAACAUCAACAUCAAGGAAAACAAGACCGUCAGCGACGGAACUUACAUCGGUUUCAUUGUACUCAUGUUUUUCGGUGCCAUCCUUGCUCUCACGCUUUGCAACGCUAGCGACAUCAUUCGCAAAGAUGGCUCCCGCGUUAUCCUCAUGAAGAACCCAACAUGGCAGAGUGAGCUUUGGGGUCUCUGGGAGACACUUCGUUUCGAGCCUUUCGUCAUUCUUCUCUUCCCCAUGUUCUUCUCAUCCAAUUGGUUCUACGUCUACCAACAGAACUCUGUCAAUGGUGCCUAUUUCAACACCCGAACCAAGGCGCUCAAUGGUCUGCUUUACUGGUUAGCUCAAAUUCUCGCUGCUGCGCUCUGGGGCUGGCUUCUCGAUUUGGAGCGGUUCCGCCGUACCACCCGUGCCAAGGCUGCUUGGGUCGCUCUAUUUGUCCUGACAUUUGCCAUCUGGGGCGGUGGUUAUGCCUUCGAGAAGACCUACACUCGUGAGACUGUUUCUCCUGAUUCUGGAUUCGUGCCAGGCGACUGGGAAGACUCUGGAUACGCUGGACCCAUGUUUCUGUACAUUUUCUAUGGAUUUUACGAUGCUGCUUGGCAGGCUACUGUCUACUGGUUUAUGGGCGCCUUGUCCAACUCUGGUCGACGAUCUGCCAACUAUGUCGGCUUCUACAAGGGCAUUCAGUCCGUAGGUGCCGCUGUCGUCAACAACCUUGAUGCACGCAAGAUCUCUUACCGAUCUGAGUUCAUCAGCAACUGGACUCUUCUCUCCGUUUCUCUUGUCGUUGCUGCUCCAGUCAUCCUCCUCAAGAUUCGCGACCACGUGAGCACUGAGGACGAUCUCAAGGGUACCGAUGAGACUUUGGCAGAUGUUUUGCCUUCUGGCCAUCCCGAAAAGCAACCUGAGCGAGGUAGUGUUUAAGUGUGGGGAGUAUGAUUUAAUGGGCAUGAAGGGGGAGGUGGAGAAAUUGUGAAAUACUAUUGCUAUGGAGCCAUGAAUCCAGGACAGAUCACCUAGUUAGGGAUAUCUCAGUAAUGCAUGAACCGACGUACUAUUAUAAUGACGAAUCAACUGAUGAUGAUACC